AUGAAUGAACUGGACUCGUACAUGUACCAAACAGUGGGCCACGACGUCAUCCACCUCUACAAGGACUGUCUGGAAGUGCCCCUGUAUCGACAAGAGAUCAACGGCAAGCCCGUCGAGCAAGGCGCAGAUUACGUAAAGACAGACCAGGACGAGACUGAGGAUCUGUUUGAUUUACUGUCGGCCGUGAAGGCUGCUCAUCCAGACUUGGAAGCUGUCAGUGUCGGUGCUAUUUUGUCUAAUUACCAGCGGAUACGCGUCGAGAACGUGUGCUCGCGGUUAGGAUUGGUGGCGUUAUCGUAUCUGUGGCAAAGGAAUCAGGAAGAACUGUUGAACGAGAUGGCUCAGGCGGGUGUUAAUGCGGUGCUGAUCAAGAUUGCGGCCAUUGGACUGAAGAGGCAACAUCUGGGUCGGUCUAUCGGCGACAUGUUCCCGCACCUGUGCAAGAUGAAUCAGGAGUACGACCUGCAUAUCUGUGGUGAGGGUGGGGAGUAUGAGACCAUCACUCUUGACUGCCCGCUCUUCAAGCGCCGGAUCGUUGUUGAGGAGUCGGAGGUGGUAAUUCAUUCGGAUGAUGCGUUCGCACAAGUUGCAUACUUGCGGUUCAAAAAGCUGCGGUUAGAGGACAAGUCUGAGGACGAGCUGGACUCUUGCUGGAUGUCAGAUAUGAACCUGGAUCCUGUCUGGGAGGCAGAUGAGCUCAUGUUGCCCAUCGAGGAGAUUGUUCACGCCAAGCAGGCCGCUCAAAAGCAUGACGACAACUCGGGAAUUGUCACUACACAUGGAACAGGAGCAGCUCAGGAUGGUCGCAGCAGUGAUGGCACCUUUGUAGGACACGUCUCCAAGUUUCUGUCACAUGAGAGUGAUGUUCUUUGUGCUGUUGGUGGCACUACUGCGUUUGAAACUGCAUCUGAGGGCAGCCGGCAUCUGAGUAUUGCAGAGGAGACUGUCGCUUGUCUUCAAAACGUCCAAGCAAAACUGGAGAAGAUUGGAUUAUCAUGGACAGAAGUCGUGUUCAUGCAGGUGUUUGUGUCGGACAUGGCAGAUUUUGGCGUAGUCAAUGGAGCAUACAAGGGCUUUUUCGGGAUCAACCCUCCACCUCGCGCAUGUGUCGGUUCGAAUCUGCCUAAGCCCUGUCGUAUUCAAGUCAGCUGUACAGCGAUCAGGAGGGGAGCUAUUCCUACCAAACCUCGCCAGACACUUCAUGUUCAGGGUAUGUCCUACUGGGCCCCUGCCAACAUUGGACCCUAUUCUCAGGCCACCGAGCAAGCGUAUCAUUCGUUUAUUGCUGGACAGAUCGGUAUGAUCCCUUCGACAUUGGAUCUACCAUUGCCACCAUCGUUGGCCAAGGAGGUAGCAUGGUCAUUACGAAACCUUUCUCAGAUUGCCACUGUUCGGCAGUCAGAUCUGGCAAACAGGACUGCGCUGUGCAUCGUCUAUGUCAAGAGCACCGAUGCAUUUGGAGCCGUUACAGCUGCAUGGGAGUACAUCUCUAACAAGAAAACACCUCCGCCAUUGCUGGCAAUCAGUGUGCCCUCGCUACCCAAGGGUGGUCAGGUUGAGUGGCAGACGCUUAUUCAUCACGGAAAAGUGUACGCCGAGAAGGCGCCAGUGGCAAAGGAUGACCAGGAAGGGGACGGAUACGAGACAGACGACGAUGACAUGUACGAGGUCGAUAAACGUGCAUUGCACCCUACGAUUAUGUAUUUAAGCCACGAGCCGCCGUCAGCAGGUCCCGGAUUGGAAGCAGCCUGGAAGACCAGGACCCAGUCCUGGUUCUUAUCACCCUUGCUCACAGCGCUUUCGGUGGUCCAGAUCCCAGAGGCUUCGUCGUUGGCGUCUUUGUUUUCCUCACUAUCGGUCUCGGACAACAAGGAAGGAGUAGAGCAGCAAGGAUUGAACAAGGAAAUGGCUCAGGAUAUGCUGGCGAUGAUGAUCAUGGCAAUGGACAGAAUUCUUCAGAGUCAUGUGAAGCCUGCAGUAGGACCAGGGGUUGAAGGAGGGUGGACGGAUGUUGUCGGGAUGUCGUUGUACUACCAUGACACAUUAUUGGCAGACCAGGCAAACCAUCUGAGUUUGGUCGUUGACCAGCUGUUGUCGCAGUAUGUGGGCAAGUCGUCGUCGAAUGUUGCGGUAACACUUGUCCCUGUUCAGGCGAUCGCUGACCAUGGGGUGUUGGCGCUGAGUGUUCAUGCUGUAGGAAAGGCACCUACUGCAUAUUCGGUAUCGGAGAAAGGUGACAAGGAUACGGUCCGAGGAUCAGCAACCGUUGGUGUGCCUACCGCUGUCGCUCGAUCUAUGCUACUCCAAGCACUUCAGUUCUGGUACAGGGUACCCAUCAAGCUGUUUCGACCGAUGAGGGUGGAUUACUUGGUGAUGGCACGAGCAGCAACCAUGGGUAUCAUCCCCACCCCUGCCAACCGCGCCGCCUUUGCAGAGUCGCAAAAACAGUUAUCGAAGCGGACUCAGUUCUUCAGAGCGACUUCAAUCGGGAUGGUGGCACAUGCCAUCAAGACUCAGGGCGCAGGAUUUAUCUAUCGACAGGUGCUUCCGCCUCUCAUCAUGAACUCGUUCAUUGGAUCGGUGUUGUAUACGACUUAUAUCUUUACGUUGCCGGUCUUCCAUCCGGCGUUUACGUAUCAGAAAUCGAGGACGUUCCCGCCACCACCGUUCCCGGCGGUUUUCAUGGCAGGUGCGCUUGCGGGCGGAGCUCAGUCGCUGAUCGCGGCGCCGAUGGAUUCGUUGAAGGUGAAGUUCCAGGUGCAGGAUUUGGCGCAUGGCGGGAAACAUAAGAGUAUGUCUUCUUUUGCGGUUACAACGUUGAAGGAGAUGGGAGUCAAGACUGUCUAUCGCGGGUUUGCACUCACCCUUGUCAAGGAUUCGUUGGCAUGUGGGUUGUUCUUUGGAGUAUUCGAAUGGGUCAAGCAACAGGGAUACUACUACUUCAUUGACGAGUUGUACGGGAUUCGGGAAGACAUGGAGAUCCUCAAAGUCAAGGCCCUCAACGAGCUUUCUUCCACCACAAGAGAACAGGGACCACCACUACCAACAGUACCUUUGGAUGUGACAUCACGACAUUAUUUCCUGCUGGAACCGACAUUUGUAUUGCUCGCAGGAGCUGCAGCCGCGGUGGCCUACCAGGCUGUCGAUUACCCACUCGAGCAGGUCAAAUCGAUCUUCUAUGCAAAAGAAGCCGCCCUCCAAGCCGAGAUUCAAAGGAACGCCCCCGCGGCACAUACCCAACACCUCAAUUCGUCGUCCAUGCGAUCGGGGACUUCGAUAUCCUCACAGUUAUACUCCAUGACAUGGCAAGAAUGUCGUUCCCAGGCCCAAUCGUCUGGAGGAUGGCGUCGUUUCCUGUAUGCCAAUUUUGCCUGGACAGCUAUCCGUGCUGUGCCUGCGGCGAGUGUAGGGUUCUUGGUAUUUGAGUUGAUGAAACGGAAAUUGGAUGCGCGGAGGUAUGAGAGUGAGGAUCGGGAGAUGGAGUCGUAUUUGGAUCAGAUGAUGGCUGAACGCGAUGCGGAGCGGAGGGCAGAGUGGAUUUUGGCGAGGGAGAUGGAGGAGAGAGAGAGGAUAGAGGGGAGGGGGGUGGGGGUGGAGGUGAUGUGA